AUGGCAACUGAUAUGCAAAGGCUGGUUGGAAUGAGUGAGGAUGAUGAAGAAUUGGGAAUGGGUGUGAAAGACGAGGAUGAUGAGGAUGAAGAUUACGAGGAAAAUGGAGGUGAGCAUGGAAAUGCUUUACAAGUGGUAGAGUUUGAUGGUAGGAGUGGGAUGGGAACUGGAGCUGAUGACAACAGGUUUCAGCAGCAAUAUGAGUUUCAAGAGCAAGUAGGCACUCCUCCGGGUGGAGGUAAUCGAAGAUCUAGACCAGUAGAAGAGAAAGAGAGAACAAAGCUAAGAGAAAGGCGCCGGAGGGCUAUCACUGCACGGAUCUUGGCAGGGCUUCGAAGGCAUGGAAACUAUAAUCUUAGGGUUAGGGCUGACAUAAAUGAUGUUAUUGCUGCGCUAGCAAGGGAAGCUGGAUGGGUGGUUCUUCCAGAUGGAACUACUUUUCCCUCAAAAUCUCAGGGUCAGAUACCAGCUGGCGGCAAUCCUGCAGUUGUUACUUCAUCAUCAUCCCAUGUGCCUUCCCAACACCCUCCGUCUGCUUCCCUCAAGGGUGUUGCUUCUGGCAAUAGGAGCCCUUUAGAGUACAAUGCAUGUCCAAUGAAAGGUGUUUACAUUCCAACUCCAUCUCCAUCCCCUUAUAAUCUAUCCUCAAGUUCCCGGUCUCAAACAUCUAUGUUAGGGGACGGAGAAGUGCAAAGAGACAAUCCUCCUGUGAUUGGUGGUUCAAUAAAUACCAUUAAUGAGAAGCAGAUUUUUGACAUUGCAUCCAGAUUACCGGAACGUGAUUUUGCUGGGUCCCCAUAUGUUCCUGUUUAUGUGAUGCUACCGUUGGGAGUUGUCAAUAUUAAAUGUGAGCUUGUUGAUCCGGAUGGUCUACUGAAGCAGCUGAGGGUGUUGAAAUCAGCAAAUGUUGAUGGUGUUAUGGUAGACUGCUGGUGGGGAAUAGUGGAAGCACAUACUCCACAAGAGUAUAAUUGGAAUGGUUACAAGAGACUUUUUCAAAUGGUGCGUGAGCUUAAACUUAAGUUGCAGGUUGUCAUGUCUUUUCAUGAAUGUGGAGGCAAUGUUGGUGAUGAUGUUUGUAUUCCCUUGCCCCACUGGGUUGCUGAAAUUGGUAGGAGCAAUCCAGAUAUUUUUUUCACUGAUAGAGAGGGAAGACGCAACCCUGAAUGUCUUUCUUGGGGAAUUGAUAAGGAACGUGUUUUGAGAGGUCGGAAUGCUGUGGAGGUUUAUUUUGAUUUCAUGAGAAGUUUCCGGAUAGAGUUUGACGAGUAUUUUGAGGAUGGUUUUAUCUCGCUGAUUGAAGUUGGACUAGGUCCAUGUGGAGAGCUAAGAUACCCAUCUUGUCCAGUAAAGCAUGGUUGGAGAUAUCCUGGUAUUGGUGAAUUCCAGUGCUAUGAUCAGUAUAUGUUGAAAAGUCUUAGGAAAGCAGCAGAAGCAAGAGGCCACACUAUUUGGGCUAGAGGGCCAGAUAACGUGGGUACCUAUAAUUCUCAGCCUCACGAAACAGGUUUCUUUUGCGAUGGGGGUGAUUAUGACGGCUUCUAUGGCAGGUUUUUUCUCAACUGGUAUUCUCAGGCUUUAGUUGAUCAUGGAAACCGGGUACUCUCUUUGGCAAAAUUAGCUUUUGAGGGGUCCUGCAUUGCUGCAAAGCUAUCAGGUGUUUAUUGGUGGUACAAGACUGCUAGUCAUGCUGCUGAAUUAACUGCUGGGUAUUAUAAUCCAUGCAAUCGUGAUGGCUAUGCUGCAAUUGUUGCAAUGUUAAAGAGAAAUGGAGUUAGCUUAAACAUUGCUUGUGUUGACCUGCACGCAUUGAAUCAACAUGAGAACUUUCCAGAGCCAUAUGCUGAUCCUGAGCGAUUAGUUUGGCAACUGUUGAAUGCCGGGUGGGAUGUUGGACUACCCGUCGUCAGUGAGAAUGCACUUCCUUGCCUAAACAGAGUUGGCUAUAACAAUGUUUUGGAUAAUACCAAGCCCGUGAAUGAUCCAGAUGGAAGGCACUUUUCUUCCUUUACAUACCAGAGGCUCAGUCCACUUCUUCUUGAUCGACAAAACUUCAUAGAGUUUGAACGAUUUGUCAAGAAAAUGCAUGGAGAAGCUGUUCUUGAUCUUCAGGUAUAG